AUGGCGGGCCCCGUGAGACACCCCAUCGACACGAAGGCGCUGGAGCGCUACAUCAGCGAGACCGUGCCCGAGAUCGAGCUGCCGCUGGACGUGAAGCAGUUCGGCUUCGGCCAAUCCAACCCGACCUACCAACUCACCUCCGGCCCCAGCGGCUUGCGCUACGUCCUACGCAAGAAGCCUCCCGGCAAGCUCCUCUCGCAAGCCGCGCACAAAGUCGAGCGCGAGCACCGGAUCCUAUCCGCGCUGUCCUCCACGCCCGUCCCCGUGCCGCGGACCUACUGUCUCUGCGAGGACGCCGGCGUGCUCGGCACGCCCUUCUACGUCAUGUCGCACGUCGAGGGCCGCAUCUUCGAAGACGCCGCCAUGCCAUCCGUCUCUUCCCCCACAGAGCGCACGGCGCUCUGGCGCGCCGCCGUGACCACACUAGCAGCACUACACGCCGUCGACGCCGACGCGGUCGGCCUGGGCAAUUUCGGCAAGAAGGGCGGGUUCUACGCGCGGCAGCUGCGCACCUGGCGCGCCAUCUGCGAGGCGCAGGCCGCGACUCGCGACGUCGACACCAGGGCGCCGGUGGGCGCCAUACCGCACUUCGAGUCCUUACUAGAAUUCUUCGGCGAAGAUGCAGACGCAAUGCCGCGGGACAGGGCUACACUCGUCCACGGCGACUACAAGAUCGACAACUUGGUCUUCCACCCCACCGAGGCGCGCGUGGUCGGCAUCCUGGACUGGGAGAUGAGCACCAUCGGCCACCCGCUGAGCGAUCUGGCGAACCUGAUGCAUCCGUUUUAUUUCGCCUCGUUGGACUCUCUCACCCCAUCCACUACCUCUCCAUCCACCACUACCACUACCACUACCUCCCCCUCAUCCCCCACCAAUACCACCACCACUCUAACCACCAACCCCCUCUCCAACCCCUCCUUCACCACCCACCUCCCCGGCCUCCCCGCCCCGUCCACGGUCCUCGCCUGGUACGCCACCGCGGCCAAGACCUGGGACCCUGCGCCCGAGAUGGGCUGGGCGGCCGCGUUCAGCGUGUUCCGGCUGGCGGCCAUCUGCCAGGGCAUCGCGGCGCGGCUGGCGACGCGGCAGGCCAGCAGCGCCAGCGCGCGCGGGCACGCCGAGGCCAUGGGCCCGCUGGGGGAGACGGCGUGGGAGCUCGUGCGGAGGCAGCGGGAGGGGAGGGGCGGGAGGAGGAACGCAGGAGAUGGGAAGGAGGGGAAGGAGAAAAGCGCCUUGGCGAAGUUGUGA